GCAGCAAAAUGUUAGAUUGCCUUGCGUUGCUGUUGGAGAAAACCUUCUUUCUUGCACAUUUGAACUUUUUCAGCACAACUUCAUCUAAACAAGAAAAAUGCCCAACACGCCGCGAGGAGAGCACUUAUUUCCAGCGCGGGGAUCUGCUGGAGGUUCCUCGCACUUUGUUCACUCAUUUUGGGAUUUAUCUCGGUGACAACAGAGUUGCACACCUCAUGCCUGACAUUCUGCCGGUUCUGACGAGCAACACAUCUCAAAUCCAGAAAGUUGUGACUAAUAUGAGAUUGCUGCUCGGUGUGAUCUACAAGUAUGCCUCAAUACGGGUCGACACGGUGGAGGAUUUUGCCUACGGAUCUCCUAUUUUGCUCAACACGAUGGAUACUACCCUGAGAAGACCGCCGCUGGCCGCCGAGGAGGUCGCCAGAAGAGCUGAAAAACUUAUUGGUCAUAUUCCAUACAGUCUUCUGUGGAAUAACUGCGAACAUUUUGUCACUUACUGCCGCUACGGGACAGCGGUCAGCCUGCAGACAGAGCAGUUCUGUGAAAGUUUAAAAUCAGUAAUCCGGGACCAGAGGAGUGUUCUUCUGACCACUGUCAUCGGAAUGCUUUCCAUGUUUUUCCUUGGAAUAGCGCCGUCCACCGCACUUCCAACUUUUAUCAUUCCUUUCAUCUUGUGGAUGGCUGGAUGAGAGACACUUCAAAUCUAAAAAUACAAACUUUUGCUACGUUAAAUUGUUCGUCCCUUACAAACAAUGUAACGUAGCAAAAGUUUAUAUUUUUAGCUUUAUUAUAGAAUGUCACUGCAUUGUUGUCACUGACAGUUGUAUUUUUUUGCUAUUGAUAACUUAAUUUUUUCAUUAUUUUUACCUUCAUAUAUUAACAUUUUACUUUGGUGUAUAUAUUUUAUAACGCCCUUUUUUUAAAAAAACAUACUGUACAGCGUUAACAAGUAAAUAAAUGCACAUUCAAAUGAUAAAAUGGUGUUUUAUGUGCUCUUGCCUAUUUCUAGCACAAAUACAGGCUGAUGUGCACCGCGGUGCACGCCCUUCAACGAAAUUGGAAUUGCUCAGUUGUUUAUUAUUGUUAUUCAAAAUUAAUCGCAUUUUUUAGGGCUUAAACAUGCUCAAAAUCUUUGCACACACACCUGAAGUGUCGAAAAUGUAUGUCUGAUAUGGGUUUCAGAAGGGGGGAGGCAAAAUGGCUCGAUAGCGCCACCAAUACACUUCAAUGAAGUGCCCCUUGAGCAACAUUUUACAUACAAGUAUGACAUUCAGUGGAAACAUGUAACGUCCCAAUACCUACAAAAAGUCUCUUGGAACAAAACCUGAGACCCAACAGGAAAUUAGUUAUCAAAAGCCCUUUGUAAUGUUAAAUUGUGAAGAUCUUGAGUUUUUGUUAAAGGACGCCGCGUGUCCGUGGCAGCCUGAUGAAUGUCAAUGUGUCACCAUUUUUAUAACUCAGGCCAAACUUCACAUGUUUGAUAUGUUUGAUAAAACUCCUGACCUGAAGAGUUCUACAUGCCAAUAUUCAGCUACAGUCAUAGUGGCACCUGUUGGCAACAGGAAGUGACAUGUUUUACGCUGUAACAAACUCCUAGAGAUUUAAUGACAACAACAUAAUAUUUGGUCAGUCUAAUCUUAAGACCUUUAUGAUGUUAAAUUGCGAAGAUCUUACGUUUACGUUAAAGGGCAUAUCCGUUGCGGCCUGACGAAGUUCAGUGUUUUGGCAUAGAAAAGGAAGUUUUUUUAAUAUGCCCUAAACUUCACACGUUUGAUAAGUGUCCCGGCAUGAAGACAUCUACGUGACAAUAUCCAGUUAUAGGGAUAGCACCGCCUGUUGGCAACACGAAAUGGAAACUAAAACAUGCAAUUUCCAAUCUGCCCCAAAUUUCUUGUUUGAUAAGUCUCCUGGCCUGAAGACAUCUAAAGGCCAACAUUCAGUUAUAGUCAUAGCACCACCAUCUGCAGCAGGAAGUUUGGCACAUAUAUAAAUGACUUUGACACAUUCUUCCUAUAUUUACCACUUUAAAUCCAUAUUUUCCAUCAUUCACUGUUUUCCUAAGGCCACUGAGUGAAGGUGGCUUUGGGUGCGAGGGCACUUUGCAACGCUGCUUAAUAUCUUUUUUUCAUUUUGAUACAUUUUCAUACGUGGAACCUCUUUUUAUAAAGUGGAAAAAUGUUCUUUAGAUUAUUAAAAUGUUCUUCAGACUAAGAAAUAAUUAUAAACUAUUCACUGAAGAGUUCUUUGGGGAGCCCAAAAGGGUUCUUCUGUGGCACUGCUGUGCACCCCACCCCCCUUUGGAACCUUUAUUUUUAAGGUUGUGCAGUAAAAAUGAACAUAAAUUAGACUUUUUAAUAA